AGUAAUCAUUAUCAUCAUCCAAUCCAAGCAGCUGACCAUGAAGUCAGCAGUUUCAUCGUCACUCCUUAAGUUGAAGAAUCUGUUAAACCCUAAUCCUCGUCCUAGCUUAACCUCCCUCACAUCUGUUAUCCUCCCUAAAUUGUCACUGAGUUCGAUCUCCAAUCACACCGCCUUUAAACUCCUCCCAUCUUCGGCAGCAACCUCAUGUCUAAGAAGAUCCAUCUCCUCUUUCAAACCCGAACUAGCCAGAGUUCCCUCUGCUCUUACCCUCCCGCAGCCUCCGUUCACCAAAUUCAAAAUCGGAGUGUGUCAGCUAUCUGUGACGGGUGACAAAAAGAGGAACAUCUCUCACACGAAGAACGCCAUCGAAGAAGCUGUUUCCAAGGGAGCUAAGCUUCUUCUCUUACCCGAAAUGUGGAACACUCCCUAUGCCAGAGGUAGUUUCCGAGCUUUUGCGGAAGACAUUGAUGCAGGUGGUGAUGCUUCUCCUUCAACCGCAAUGCUCUCUGAUGUUUCUAAACGUCUCGGGAUUACCAUCGUUGGUGGCUCUAUACCUGAAAAAUCCGGGGGUCGUUUCUACAAUACUUGCUGUGUCUUUGGUUCCCAUGGAGAGCUAUUAGCUAAGCAUCGAAAGAUACAUUUAUUUGACAUAGACAUUCCCGGGAAGAUUACUUACAUGGAAUCCAGAACUUUUACUGCUGGAGAGACACCAACAGUGGUUGACACAGAUGUGGGGCGUAUUGGAAUAGGCAUCUGCUAUGACAUCAGGUUCCAGGAGUUAGCUAUGAUGUAUGCUGCAAGAGGGGCUCAUUUGCUAUGCUACCCAGGAGCAUUUAACAUGACAACUGGGCCGCUGCACUGGGAAUUACUACAAAGGGCAAGGGCUACGGAUAAUCAGUUAUAUGUGGCAACAUGCUCAACUGCCAGAGAUUACGGAUCUUGCUACGUUGCUUGGGGCCACUCUACACUCGUCGGGCCUUUUGGAGAAAUUCUAGCGACGACUGAGCAUGAGGAAGCAAUUAUCAUAGCAGAAAUUGAUUACUCUUUCCUUGAUCAACGAAGGUCAAAUCUUCCGUUGAAUAAACAGCGCCGAGGAGAUCUCUACCAGCUUGUAGACAUACAACGUCUGAACAAAUAAAUUAAUGCAGCAUAAGAGUUGUACAUGUUGAGAUGUUGUCUUUAGAAGUUUUGUUUACUUGCAACUUCUUGGCCGGUCAUUCUCUGCAACUUUGCAGAGAUUAAAUAAAUAAACAAACCUGAUCAUGGCGUUUAAAUUGAACAGAGUAAAUACUUUUAUAUCA